AUGAUUAAGGCUACCAGACUUUUGCACGCACAGACGUACGCGCAACUUGAUAUCGAACAACUAUUUAGAAGAAUGGCUUUGAAUAAGAGAAUUCUAGCGGCUGCAUGUGCUGGUCUGAUGACUAUUGCUUGUAUACUUUAUAUCAUCAGUAAUGCGUUACCUACAUGGUCUGUGAUAAAGAUAAAUUUAGAAAAUGCCGAAUCAGGGAAAGCGAAUAAUGGUCUAUGGCGUUCAUGUUCAACAAGUGAUGCAGGAAUUCAAAUAUGUCUCGAUCCAUCCAAAUUAUGUCCUUUAGCAAAAGAUGAAGCCGCUAGUUCAUGCCAUAAGAUGGCGACAGCUCGUGCAUUCAUUACAUUGGCCUGUAUCUUUUCAGCGAUUUCUGCAUUAUGCCUUGCGGCGUGUAUAAUAGAAUCUAUCAAUAAAAAUACAAUAGUAGUUACAUUAAUUAAAGUUCUUCCAAUUCUUUCCUUGGUAGUGGGUAUUAUUGGUCUUGCAGUUGGUAUUUCCUAUGCUACUUACAUUGGCCCAUUUACUGCCGAAGUAUCGCUUGGUGCUGCAUCAAUAUUGGCAAUUAUAGCUGUUGUCAUUAACUUAAUUGCUGCAAUUUCGGCACUACUAAUUCGUUAA